CUACCAUGUCCACGCAGAGACUUCGGAAUGAGGACUACCAUGACUACAGCUCCACGGACGUGAGCCCAGAGGAGAGCCCAUCUGAAGGCCUAAACAAUUUCUCUUCCCAGGGCUCCUACCAGCGAUUUGGGGAAAGCAACAGCACAACAUGGUUCCAGACUUUGAUCCACCUGUUAAAAGGCAACAUUGGCACUGGACUCCUGGGACUGCCUCUGGCCGUAAAAAAUGCUGGCAUCUUGAUGGGUCCCCUCAGCCUGCUGGUGAUAGGCCUCGUAGCUGUGCACUGCAUGGGUAUCCUGGUGAAAUGUGCUCACCACUUCUGCCGCAGACUGAACAAGCCUUUUGUGGACUAUGGGGAUACAGUGAUGUACGGACUGGAAUCCAGCCCCAGCUCCUGGCUCCGGAACCAUGCACACUGGGGAAGGCGCGUUGUGGACUUCUUCCUGAUUGUCACGCAGCUGGGAUUCUGCUGUGUCUACUUUGUCUUUCUGGCUGACAACUUUAAACAGGUGAUAGAAGCAGCCAAUGGGACCACCAACAACUGCCAUAACAAUGAGACAGUAAUUCUGACGCCCACCAUGGACUCGCGACUCUACAUGCUCACCUUCUUGCCCUUCUUGGUGCUGCUGGUUUUUGUCAGGAACCUCCGAGCCCUGUCCAUCUUCUCUCUGUUGGCCAAUAUCACCAUGCUGGUUAGCCUGGUUAUGCUCUACCAGUUCAUUGUCCAGAAUAUCCCAGACCCCAGCGACCUUCCCUUGGUGGCGCCCUGGAAAACCUACCCUCUGUUCUUUGGCACAGCCAUUUUUGCAUUUGAGGGCAUUGGGAUGGUUCUGCCCCUUGAAAAUAAAAUGAAGGAUCCCCAGAAAUUUCCACUCAUCCUGUACGUGGGAAUGGCCAUCAUCACUGCCCUCUACAUCAGUCUGGGGUGUCUGGGGUACCUGCAAUUUGGAGAUCGUAUCCAAGGGAGCAUAACCCUCAACCUACCCAGUUGCUGGCUGUACCAGUCGGUCAAGCUGCUGUACUCUGUCGGCAUCUUCUUCACCUACGCCCUCCAGUUCUACGUCCCGGCUGAGAUCAUCAUCCCCUUCUUCGUGUCCCGUGUGCCCGAGCAUUGGGAGCUGGUCGUAGACCUGUUUGUGCGCACCAUGCUGGUCUGCAUGACAUGCAUCUUGGCCAUCCUCAUCCCCCGCCUGGACCUGGUCAUCUCUCUGGUGGGGUCCGUGAGCAGCAGUGCGCUGGCCCUCAUCAUUCCGCCCCUCCUGGAGAUCACCACCUACUACUCGGAGGGCAUGAGCCCCCUCACCAUCGCCAAGGACGCCCUGAUCAGCAUCCUGGGCUUCGUGGGCUUUGUGGUGGGGACAUAUGAGGCCCUCUACGAGCUGAUCCAGCCCAGCAAUGCUCCCAUCGUCAUCAACUCUACUGGUGCCUUUGUAUAGCAAUUUGUAUUCAUUCCCUGUAGCUGCCCACCUCGCCCACCCUGUGUGUUCCCCAGCACCUGGCCCUAGAGUCUCAGGUAGGGGCCAGGCUCUGGGGAAAGGCAAGAUUGCUGUCGGGGAGCCCCUCCACCUGACACCUCAGUAUCUGGGCCAGGUGGGGCCGAGGGCAGGAGAGAGAGUGGGUAGUGGAUAUACAGAGGUCACUCUUAGUGGCCGUGCCAUCCUGUUCAUUUGUACUUAAUUUAACCCAGAACUUUUCAACUUUUUUCCCUCUUGAUGUCUCUUCCCUUACCUGCCCCCCCUUCUGACCCACCUCACCCCAAUUAUUCCUGUUGCACAGCUCACUUUAUUUAAAAAUCUUAGCACCUCCCACCUCAUGUUUUCUCCUUCCCAGGCCCAGGCUUGGAUUAAAUGAGUGGGAACCCCUACUCCUUAUAAGGCUGGGCCUAUCUCUUUCUCAGACCUCUCCCAAAUAUUUUACCUCAGUAUCCUCCUACCUAUUCAAGUCUCCAGGGGGUGUCUGGACCUACCUAGUAGUUUAAAACCAGGCCCCAAAGCUGGAGCUUUUAAUCUUUACUCUCUCUGGGUUGUGACCAUCGGCAACACCGUGUCCAAUUUCCUCACUUGGGUCACAGUGUUAUGUUCUUAGUUGCUUUAGCUUCUGGAAGAUACCAAGUGCUGCCUAAAUUGAAAAUAUUUAUAUUUUAUUUAAAAUCAGCUUUUGUUUGUAGACUCUGUCUCUAGAUCUGGGGUUAUUGUGACUUGUUCUUUCCUCAGUAAACUUUUGCUAGGCUUCUUCUGCUGAAAAGAAACUUGCUCCAGGAAAUGUGUGCUUAGGUCCUCAGCACUCUUGGCUGAGUACCCCAAAGGUUUUAAUCAGGAUCAUCUCAAUGCGUACCUCUGUGGGGAGGCGUGCACUCUGCCUCCCACUGACCAGCCUGAUUUCAUAUUGAGGAGAUACGAAGGACUCAGGAUAUGUUUGCCAACGCACAAGGCCAAGGAAAGGAUGGCCGAGUGGGAUGUGCUUCUGUCCCCAGGAGGCUUCUAAAAUGGUCACUUUGUGCAUUCAGGCCUGUUUUUCAGCCUCCGUUCCUGACAGGCACAGGGCAUGGUAGCAUUCAGUUGCCAGCAUGUCAGGAAGACACUCACACUUUGCCGUGUUUGAGGAGAUGAGGCCAGUGUGCACAG